CGUUCGCUAUCUUCAAUGAACUGACAUACAUCUGAAGCUUACAACCGCCAAUCGAUCGAAUUUUUGCAGAUUUCAAUGGAAGAAGGAAUCGAUGAAUGGCCAGAAGGAACUGAUAUUAGACUUCAUAACUAUGUUCCUCAAUUGAUUGCCGACACAAUUUCUGGAGCUCUUACUGGCCUCUUCGCGCUAGCUGGUGCUAUUACAGGUGCUGUAACUGGUGCUUUGGCUGGUAGAGCAUCUGAUAGUGGUAUCAUUCGUGGCGCUGGACUAGGCGCGGUUGCUGGAGCUGUUCUUUCUGUAGAAGUUUUAGAAGCUUCCCGUGCUUAUUGGUAUUCAGAGCUUUCCGGUUCAAGGAUUUCAUCUCCCAUGGCAGAUCUCUUUGAGGAGCUUCUUCAUGGUAGAUUUGUAGGAGAACAGAUUCCACAAACAAUGCUGACAUCUUAUCGUUGGCAGGUGAGUAUUUCAAAUGUAUCGUAUGAUGAGAUAUAUGAUGUCUAUGACGGAGCUGUAGCUGUACCUAGAGGAUUGUCAGGCGAUUCGUUGAAAAGAUUACCAUGCCAUGUAAUCUCAGAUAAACAAAAGGAAGCUUCAAAUGUUUGUUGCACUAUAUGUUUACAGGAUAUUGAAGUUGGGGAAGUUGCAAGAAGUCUACCCCAAUGUCUUCAUAUGUUCCACUUGGCUUGUGUGGACAAGUGGCUUAUGAAACAUGGGUCGUGCCCGGUAUGUCGACAAGAUGUGAAAAUCUGAUAAUAUUUGCAUAAUUUGUGUAUAUAUAUAUAUAUAUAUUUAGUAAAUAUUUUGUACAUGGGUUUUGUUGUUCUGAAAGUUUAUUAGAGCAUUAUUGAUAAUUAGGCCUUUCAUCUUCUCUUAAUAUGGCUAUUCUUCUAAUAAGGGAUCAAAGGAGCCAAAUUAGGUCUUAAUGCUAGGCAAAAGAAUUAGCUUUUGUAUACCCAUUUGUCUUUGGGGAAGAGAAAUGUCAAGUUUUGUGUGUGUGUUUAUAAAUGUUGUUAUGGAUCAUUAUCUACUUCUUUUAUAUAUACCAUACUAUGAUAUUUACAUUCA